UCUGCAGGUUCUGAUGAGUGGAGGAUUGUUCUGGUUGGGAAGGCGGGAGUGGGGAAGAGUUCAACAGGAAACACCAUCUUAGGUGAUGAAGUGUUUGAGUCUGAACUAGCUGCAGAGUCUGUCACAUCUGAGUGCAAGAAAGAAAGUGGAGAGGUUGGAGGGCGAAAGGUUACAGUCAUUGACACUCCACCGCUGUUUGACACAACUUUAAGCAAUGAAGAUGCCUGGAAGAUGAUCAGGGAGUGCAUGGCUUUGUCUUCUCCUGGUCCACAUGCCUUCCUGGUGGUUCUUCAGCUGGGCAGAUUCACAGAGGAGGAGAAAGAAACAGUGAGACUGAUUCAAGAAACGUUUGGUGAAGAUGCAUCUAAAUACGUGAUGGUAUUGUUAACUCAUGGAGACAGACUGAAGAAACAAACCAUUGAAGAGUUUCUCUCAAAGAGCGAGGACUUGAGCGACAUCAUCCAGAAGUGUUACGGCCGUUAUCACGUCUUCAACAACGAUGCUGAAGACCCAUCACAAGUCCAUCAGCUUCUGGAUAAAGUAGAGAAGAUGAUUCAGGACAAUGGUGGGUCACACUACACCACAGAAAUGUUCCAGAAAGCUGAAGAAGCCUUUGAGAGAGAGAGACAACGAAUCCUGAAAGAGCGUGAGGCCGAGAGGAACAAAGAGCUGGAGGACCUGAAGACCAAACAUAACAGGGACAAGUUAGCGGUAGAGGAAGACAUGAUGAAGGAAAGACGUGAGAUGGAAGCAAGGAUUCAGGCUGAAAGAGAGGCACAGAAACCUGCAGUCCAUGCUCCUCGUCGUCGUUGUACCAAUGACAGAAAGUUCAGCCCUGCAGAGACCAGAGUGAACGCCCAUCAGGAGAUAAGAAGUUCUGAUGAGUGGAGGAUUGUUCUGGUUGGGAAGACGGGAGUGGGGAAGAGUUCAACAGGAAACACCAUCUUAGGUGAUGAAGUGUUUGAAUCUGAACUAGAUGCAGAGUCUGUCACAUCUGAGUGCAAGAAAGAAAGAAGAGAGGUUGGAGGGAGAAAGGUUGCAGUCAUCGAUACUCCAGGACUGUUCGACACAACUUUAACCAAUGAAGACGCCUGGAAGAUGAUCAGGGAGUGCAUGGCUUUGUCUUCUCCUGGUCCACAUGCCUUCCUGGUGGUUCUUCAGCUGGGCAGAUUCACAGAGGAGGAGAAAGAAACAGUGAGACUGAUUGAACAAACGUUUGGUGAAGAUGCAUCUAAAUACACGAUGGUGCUGUUCACUCAUGGAGACAGACUGAAGAAACAAACCAUUGAAGAGUUUCUCUCAAAGAGCGAGGACUUGAGCGACAUCAUCCAGAAGUGUUACGGCCGUUAUCACGUCUUCAACAACGAUGCUGACGACCCGUCACAAGUCCAUCAGCUUCUGGAUAAAGUAGAGAAGAUGAUUCAGGACAAUGGUGGGUCACACUACACCACAGAAAUUGCUGAGUGCAAUCAGAGGAUAAAAAAGGAGAAAUGGAGGAUUGUUCUGGCUGGGAAGACGGGAGUGGGGAAGAGUUCAGCAGGAAACACCAUCUUAGGUGAUGAAGUGUUUGAGUCUGAACUAGCUGCAGAGUCUGUCACAUCUGAGUGCAAGAAAGAAAGAAGAGAGGUUGGAGGGCGAAAAGUUGCCAUCAUCGAUACUCCAGGACUGUUUGACACAACUUUAACCAAUGAACAAGUGAUUAGGAGGAUCACAAUGUGCAUCGGUAUGUCUUCUCCUGGUCCACAUGCCUUCCUGGUGGUUCUUCAGCUGGGCAGAUUCACAGAGGAGGAGAAAGAAACAGUGAGACUGAUUCAAGAAACGUUUGGUGAAGAUGCAUCUAAAUACACGAUGGUGCUGUUCACUCAUGGAGACAGACUGAAGAAAAAAACCAUUGAAGAGUUUCUCUCAAAGAGCAAAGACCUGAAUGACAUCAUCCAGAAGUGUUACGGCCGUUAUCACGUCUUCAACAACAACAACAGCGACCCGCCACAAGUCCAUCAGCUUCUGGAUAAAAUACAGAAGAUGAUUCAGGACAAUGGAGGGUCACACUACACCACAGAAAUGUUCCUGAAAGCAGAAGAAGCCAUCCAGAAGGAGAAAGAACGAAUCCUGAAAGAGAAUGAAGCCCAGAGGAAGAAAGAGGAGGAGGAACUGAAGGCCAAAUACAAGGCAGAAAUGUUGGCGUUACAACAGGAAAUGAUGAGACAAAGACAUGAGAUGGAAGCAAGGCUCAGGGCUGAAAUACAGGCACAAACACCUCCAGUCCCCCCAACUCGUCGUCGUCGUCGUUGCGUAAUCAGUUGA